AUGAACUUUGAACAACCGAUAGAAAAUUAUACUAUAGACUGUGUGUCCGACACAUUAAAGUUGGUUCAAAUAGUUCAACGACAUGGAGACAGAACGCCCACCAAUUUCUACCCCAACGACCCCUAUAAGAACCCCUCCAUAUGGCCGGACGGUAUCGGCGAACUGACCCGAAACGGCAAACAACGUAUGUUUGAUUUUGGACGGGCUCUGAGAAACAGAUAUAACGGUUACUUGAAUGACAGUCAUUCGCCAAGAGAUGUAUACAUUGCUAGUUCCCCAUCGAGUAGGUGUCUGGAGAGCGCCCAGUGCUUUAUGACCGGUCUUUAUCAACCCAAAGACUUCUGGAUCUGGAAAAACAAUAGCGAAGUGGCCAAGAAUUGGCAGCCAAUUGCUGUCUAUACAGGCGCUGACGGGUUGUUGAGUACAUCAGCCGUAUGUCCAAAGGCUGACAGAUUGUGGACUAAUUUUAUGCAAACUAAAGAAGUAGUAAAUUAUGUUAAUAAUAAUAAAGAGUUUAUAAAGACAUUGGAGACCAAAACUGGUGAUAAAUAUUUGAGUGCAAAGCCGUCAACACUGAGACCACUUGAGUUUUUGUCGACCACUUUAAGAGUGGAAACAGAAAACGGAUUAGAAUUACCCGAUUGGGCCGACAAUCAGACACUCACGAAAUUACGGGAUCUGGAGAUUCACGCCUUUUAUUUUGAUUGGAAAGACCCGCAGAUCCAGAGAUUAAGAGCCGGUCUUCUGCUAAAAGAAAUUACUAAAAAUAUGUUGAAUAGAGCGGAUCAAGUCGUCAACGGAACUGUAAACGACAAACUAAAAAAACUGUAUAUUUAUGAGACACAUGAUGUCAUGCAAGUGGUAUUCAUGCAAGCACUGGGUGUUUAUGACUCGCCACAUGUCAACCACACGCCACCCAAAUACGGCGCUUCUCUAGUCUGGGAAUUGCAUCAAAUUGGCAAAGAUUUUGUUGUUAAACUAUUAUACUUUAAUGAUAUUAAAUUCAAUGAUAUGAAUCCUGUGUCUGUUGAAUUGAAUUUAACAAAAUGUAAUGCAAAUAGUGAUUGCAAUUUAAUUAAUUUCAUCAAAUCGGUUGAUCCGUUUAUACCUAUUAAUUGGCAACAGGAAUGUGAACUCCCCUGUAAUUACGAUACCGUAACCGUUAGCAGUGGCUCUAUGGGCGCCCCUUUCUAUACAAUGUCAACAAUUUGCUUGAUUUUGUUGGCCAUUGUAUUAACAACAUUCAUACUUUAUAAACGACAGCAAUUGUGGUCACAGUGUUGUUGUUGUGGACUAAGUCUGGAUAUGCCAUACAAGAGAAGAUACAAUCCUUUAUAA